AUGGAGGAAAGGUUGAUUGCUGCUGUUUCGGAUUAUCCAGAACUGUAUAACUCAACCCUGAACUCAUACAAAGACGCUGAUAGGAAAGCAAAAGCAUGGAGAGCUGUGAGUUUGCAAGUUGAAAUCCCAGAGGAGGACUGCCGUAGAAAAUGGAAGAGCUUGCGGGACAUGUUCAUCAAAGACAAGCGGUCAGAGCAGCGCAGGAGAGCGUCAGGGGGCACUCACCGGAGCUGGAAAUACAGCUGGCAGAUGGCUUUCCUGACUCCUUUCAUCCAGUCCAGGUCUUCACAGCCCAGCCUGACUGUGGACGACCAGGAUGAUGAGCGGGAAGAGGAGGAGAGAGAAGAGGACAGGACUGCAGAUGGCAACCCUUCCUUUGCUGUGCAUGAGAUUGAAGGAGAACACAGCGUGUUGGAUGGAUCUUCUCACUACCCUCCUUCAGGCUCUCAGGGGCCAGGUCGCAAGAGGAAAUGGCACUCGGAAGGAACAGAGGACUUGGAAGAUGAGAUGUUCCUCUAUAGCCUCCUUCCAUAUCUAAGGAGGCUACCGUAUGCCAAGAAAAGUGCUGUUAAACUGAAAAUCCACCAGUUACUUUAUGAAGCAGAAUUUCAGUAG